UAUAAAGUGAAGAAGAUGGUGCUGCAGUUUGAACUGUGUCCUGGCAGGAUGAUCGGAUCUGAUCACCCGUGCUUCAUUAUAGCAGAAAUCGGACAGAAUCAUCAGGGAGAUUUAGAGAUCGCCAAGAAGAUGAUCAAGCUCGCUAAAGAUUGCGGGGCAGACUGUGCUAAGUUUCAGAAGAGUGAGUUGGAGUAUAAAUUUAAUAAACGUGCCCUGGAGCGCCCUUACACCUCCAAACACUCGUGGGGAAAAACGUACGGAGAGCACAAGCGUUACCUGGAGUUCAGCCACGAUCAGUACAGAGAACUGCAGCGCUACGCUCAGGAAGUUGGCAUCUACUUCACCGCCUCUGGCAUGGACGAGAUGGCUGUAGAAUUUCUUCACGAAAUUGACGUGCCUUUUUUUAAAGUCAGCUCUGCAGACGCCAACAACUUCCCCUACCUAGAGAAAGCCGCUAAGAAAGGUCGGCCCAUGGUGGUCUCCAGUGGUAUGCAGUCUAUGGAGACAAUGAGGAGAGUCUAUAAGAGUGUAAAGAAAGACAAUCAGAAUUUCUGUAUCCUGCAGUGUACCAGUACAUACCCACUCGAACCUGAGGACAUCAACCUGCGUGUCAUCACGGAGUACCAGAAGGAGUUUCCAGACAUCCCGAUUGGUUACUCUGGGCAUGAGACUGGCAUUGCUGUGUCGGUAGCCGCAGUGGCUCUUGGUGCCAAGGUGCUAGAACGUCAUUUCACUCUGGAUAAGACCUGGAAAGGAAAUGACCAUGCCGCCUCUCUUGACCCCUCUGAACUUGCUGAGUUGGUACGAUCUGUCAGAAUCGUGGAGCGAUCACUAGGUAGCAGCGUUAAACACAUGCUGCCCUGUGAAAUACCCUGUCAUGCUAAGCUGGGUAAAUCAGUGGUGGCGAAGACAGCAAUUCCUAAAGGAACUGAGCUGACUCUCGACAUGCUGACAGUAAAGGUGGCCGAGCCGAAGGGCAUUGCUCCUGAGGACCUUUUUGAUCUGGUGGGGAAGGCAGUGACUCUGGACAUCGGUGAGGACGAGAGUGUCACAGAGGAAGCAGUGGAGAACUAUGGCAAUCAAGCUGAAGAGUGAAGGAACUCUUGCUGGUCACACUAGAACUGGUGCCAUCAACCUCUCAUGCCAACUAUAAUCAACUAUAAUAAAUCAAAAAUUAAACAGUUUAUGUAACUGUCAUUUUUUAACCUUUCCAUCCCUUCUGUAACUCAUUACGUGCUCAUGAACCCAACAAAACAAUGUUUAAUAGUUAAAAUAGAAUGAAUAGUUUUACCAAUAAAAAUGCUUUCAUUAUUCAA